AUGAGUGGAGAGUUCAAUGGUCUGAAGACACUUAUUAUGAGGGAGAAUGAGUAUACUUACUAUGUUCACUGUUUUGCACAUCAACUUCAGUUGGCUAUUGUGGGUUUGGCAAAAAAAAAACAAAGCCUCAUAGGUGCUUUCUUCACCUUAGUUUCUAAUGUGGUAAAUAUUGUUGGAGCACCAUCGAAGCGUCGUGACAUUCUUCGGGAUAAGCAGGCUCUCAAAGUAGUUGAAGCACUGACUAAUGGGGAGCUUUCUAGUGGGAAAGGUUUAAAUCAAGCAACAAAGAUUAAGCGCUCAUGUGAUACACGUUGGGGCUCAUAUUAUGGAUUAGUGCAAUCAUUUGAUUUUGUAUUCAGUUUGCAUUUGAUGAGGAAUAUACUUGGAAUCACAAAUGCAUUAUCACAAGCCUUACAGAGGGAUGAACAAGAUAUUGUGAAUGCCAUGGAUUUAGUUGAAUUAUCUCGAGGGAGGUCACGACGCAACGGUCCAAAAAUCACAAAUAUGCAUUAUUAUCGUGUUGAUUUUUUCUAUGAAGUGAUAGCUUUGCAACUCCAAGAGUUAAAUAGUCGUUUCAAUGAGGCCAACACUGAGUUGUUACUUUGCUUGGCAUGCUUGAGUCCAAAUGAUUCAUUUUCUUCUUUUGAUAAGCAAAAGCUCAUUCGGCUUGCUCAACUUUACCCGAAUGAUUUUUCGUCACAAGAACUUGAGGUACUUAAAGAUCAACUUCAAACUUAUAUUGAUGAUAUGCAUUCCAACACCAACUUUUCAGAAUUACAAGGUAUUGCUGCUCUUGCAAAAAAAUUAGUUGAGACAAAAAAGGACAAGGCAUAUCCACUAGUUUAUCUUCUCAUUAAAUUGGCGUUAACACUUCCAGUUGCAACAGCUUCAGUAGAAAUGGCAUUCUCUGCUAUGAACAUCGUGAAGAACAGAAUGCGUAAUCGAAUGGGAGACCAAUGGAUGAAUGAUUGCUUGGUAGUAUAUCUUGAAAAAGACAUAUUUAAUAAUAUUGAUAAUGAGCUUAUUAUGCAACGUUUUCAGAAUCUGAAAAAUCGUCGAGGACAAUUGUAA